AGAUGUAUUUUAAGGGCACUGGAACAGAGCGCUGCCAAGCUUCUGGACAAGAAUAUAUUUACUGUCAGCACCACAAAUCCACUGCUUCCUUCUUCUGCAAGUCUUCAGUUGGCUCAGCUGCAAGCCCAGCUUACCCUGCACAGGCUAAAAUUGGCUCAGACAGCAGUCACCAACAACACAACAGCUGCAACUGUCCUGAAUCAAGUUCUUUCUAAAGUGGCCAUGUCUCAGCCACUUUUCAACCAGUUAAGACACCCUUCCAUGUUUAAUACCCUUCCGGGCCAUGCUGGAGGUCCGGGGGUCACCAGUACUAGAUUUCCACCUGGUGGAAUACAUUUUCCAGCACAGAACCCCGCUUUGGCAGCACCAGGUGGAACCAUAGGGCCAGUAAAUAAUCUUCCAAAUCAAAAUGCCAGCAGUGUAGUCAUAAACCCUUUUGGGGGUGUCAUUUCUCAAACAGCUGGACAACAGACUGUAGCUAUGGGCCUAAAUAAAACUGUUGCCUCCUCUACUACAGGUGGAUUUUAUGAUUACAAUAAACAGAUAUUCCCCUCUGAUGCUGGUCAAUGCUGUCAACCGAGCUUUGUAACCAGUGGUUCUCAUUCAGUCCCAGUGUCAUCUGGAAAUGCAACAUCUGAAGGUCAGCCAGGAUUUCAGAAAGAGUUUUAUGGAACUGUGCCUAAAGGCCAGCAUACAGCUUGUGUACAGUCUUUGACCUUUACUGCUGACUCACACAAUUCUCAUCAAAUUAUAAAUCAAAAGGGAAAGAUGGAUUCUAUAGUACAUGAAAGAGAAACAAACAAUCAAUGGGAAAAUCCUUCUGCUUUCUCUAGCCAAAAUAAAACUGACAUUAUGCCCAAUGCCAACAUGUGGCCAUCAGCAAAUGUCUCAUAUGAAGUAAGAAGUGAUCUCUAUAACCCUGAAGAACCAACACCAGACACAAAAUUUAGCACUGGUACUCCACAUCUUUUCAGCAGAACUAAAAAUGGUAAACAAAAUUACAGUAACUCACGAACAAGACAGAAGCAGGAACCCAUUACUUCUGGAUUGCCAAUGAGGCCUCUUCAGUCUCAUGAGUUAAAUGACUUUCAUGGUAUUGCACCUCUUUGCUUCCCCCACAUCUGUAUCUUAUGCAAUAAGAAGGUAUUUGACCUUAAGGACUGGGAUCAGCACAUUAAAGGAAAUCUUCACAUUCAGAAUUGCUUGGCUUUCUCAGAGAAUACUGACAUUCGUUGUAUGUUGAAUUCAGCAGCAGCAGGAGUACUGCAUUCUUCUUCCCCAAAUAAUAAAACCGUGUUUAAUCUUUCCAGUACUGAAG